AUGCGUGUCCUUUGGGUCAGGCCGGUGCUGGGUUCCGUUACCUCGACCGCCUCCUUGCCCCGGGCGGAGCCCGCCCUGGCCCGGCAGCCCCCGCGGGAGGGCCGCCGCCCUGUCGGGGAGCUUCCUCUUCCUCCAGCAGCGCGGCCGGGGCGGGAGGAGGAAGGGGAAGGGGCAGGGGCAGGGGCCGGGAAGGCUCCAGCGCGGCCGCCGCCGUCGCUGGUGCGGCAGGGGCGGAGCGGCGCGGGAGGCGGCGCCAGCGGCCGGCGGGGCCCGGAGUCACCGUGUCACGGCGCCCGGGAAGCCGUUGCCGCCGGAUCCGCCCCCCGCAGGGCGAGCGAGGAGGCAGGAGGAGGAGGAGAAGGAGGAGGAGGGAGGCCGGCUCCUCGCCGCCUCUUGUGUUUUCGCCCCCUUCCCGGCCCAACCCCGGCCCCUCUCCUCUCGCACCGGGGCGGCGGCGGGGGGCGAGGCCGCAGCGGCGCCCGAGCUGCCCGCGGGAGCCCCGAGACAGGCCUGGGGCGCCGUCUCUGGACUAGGAUGUCCCGACAUGAAGGUGUCAGCUGUGAUGCAUGUUUAAAAGGAAAUUUUCGAGGUCGCCGGUACAAGUGUUUAAUUUGCUACGAUUACGAUCUGUGUGCAACUUGUUAUGAAAGUGGUGCAACAACAACAAGGCAUACAACUGACCAUCCCAUGCAGUGCAUACUAACAAGAGUAGAUUUUGAUUUGUACUAUGGUGGAGAAGCUUUCUCUGUAGAGCAGCCACAGUCUUUCACUUGUCCUUAUUGUGGGAAAAUGGGUUAUACGGAAACAUCUCUUCAAGAACAUGUUACUUCCGAGCAUGCAGAAACAUCUACAGAAGUGAUUUGUCCAAUAUGUGCAGCAUUGCCUGGAGGGGAUCCGAAUCACGUAACAGAUGACUUUGCAGCUCAUCUUACACUGGAACACAGAGCUCCUAGAGAUUUAGAUGAAUCCAGUGGUGUUCGGCAUGUUCGUAGGAUGUUCCACCCAGGCCGGGGUUUGGGAGGACCCCGCGCUCGUAGAUCAAACAUGCACUUUACUACCAGUUCCCCUGGUGGGCUUUCGUCUUCUCAGAGUUCGUAUUCUCCAAGCAAUAGAGAAGCCAUGGAUCCUAUAGCUGAGCUUUUAUCCCAGCUAUCAGGUGUGAGGCGUUCUGCAGGAGGACAGCUCAACUCCUCUGGCCCUUCUGCUUCUCAGUUACAGCAGCUGCAGAUGCAGCUGCAGUUGGAACGACAGCAUGCACAGGCAGCGAGACAGCAACUGGAGACUGCACGCAAUGCAACCAGACGCACCAACACGAUCAAUGUCAGCACCACUAUGACACAAUCCACAACAACAACCAACACGUCUAACACAGAAAACAGUCAGCAGACUAUCCAGAAUUCCCAGUUCCUUCUGACAAGGUUGAAUGAUCCGAAGAUGUCAGAAGCAGAGCGUCAGUCAAUGGAGAGCGAACGGGCAGACUGCAGCCUGUUUGUUCAGGAGCUUCUAUUGUCCACUCUGAUGCAGGAAGAAAGUUCUUCCUCAGAUGAAGAUGAGCGGGGGGAGAUUGCAGAUUUUGGUGCUAUGGGUUGUGUAGAUAUUAUGCCUCUAGAUGUUGCUUUAGAAAACCUAAAUUUAAAAGAGAGUAAUAAAGGAAAUGAGCCUCCUCCACCUCCUCUUUGAUGACAUCCCACUUUGCAGACAAUGUCCUCUGUGCUGUAUUUGCCAAUGAAAGUGGACAACAACUAUCUUGGGUUUGUUUUGGUGAUUGUAAUUUCAGGUCUGUCACUCUUGUUACAUUGUGUACAUUCAAAAGAAAGAGAGAAAGAUAUAUAUGAUAAUCAUUUCCACUUAACUAAUUUUUACUUCUAGCAGGUAAAUGUAGGUUGCAGUGCACAGCCAAGGGCUCUGUGUCCUGUACCUUGACAUGAAAAAGGCUCUCCUAAUACUCCACAUUCAAACUGAAGAGGAAAAAAAAAUGAAAAAUCUCUAAUGAAGCUGCUGUGUGUAUUUAUGAAUAUUAAUGAAUAAAAACUGCUUGGAUGGUUUACCUUAA